AUGAUUAAUAUUAAUUUUCCAUUUUUGAAGGACAAAACUGAUAUAAUCAAAACGUUGCAUAAAGAUCCAAAGUUACCAUUCAAUGUUUCACGUGAUGUAUUGAACUUUCCAUUGUUUACAGCUGAUGAGAUUGACAAAGUAUCUGGUGUGUGGAUACGGUAUUUUGGAAGUGGUGAUGAAUAUGAUCUCAUAACACAAUUAAAAGAAGUGAGAAGUAUAAAUGACUUUUGGCUCAUGACAGUCAAAAUCUCAUUAACAGAUAGUUUGUUUAUGGAUAAAUUGAUAACUAUCAUUAAAUCAGGAAGCAUAGAAACAUUCAUACAACAAUCCUCGAUACCGUUAUCUGAAACUUUAGUUGCAUCUUUAAUAAACGCACAGAGAUUUGAUACUGCUUAUUAUGUGUUCCGGGAUUUGUUAAAGCAUUCUAAAGCUGUCAACUGGGAACCAAUAUUCAAUGUCUGCUUAGUAUCUGAAAACUCACAUUCCUUGAAAACAUUGAUGCUCAUUCAUGGUGAGGUUGAAAACAAUUUCUAUAAGAGGUUAAUUCCACAUUUAUUCAAAUUGAAACUUAAAGAUCACUAUAUACACAAAUGGAGCAGUGUGCUCAUAUCUUAUAAUGAUUUUCCAAAAGAUUCAAGUGCCCCUUUAAAUCCAGUUUUUAAAAGUAUAUUGGAAACAUCAAAUCUAAGAUCUUUAGAUAAUUGCAUUCCCAAAUUAGCUAAAUCUAUCGAAAAUCCAGAAAAAUGGUUGGACCAAGAAACAAUCAAAUUAUUUUCACAAUAUAUCAUUGUUUCAAAAGAUUCAGAAGGAAAACUCUCAAAGGUAUUGAACACUUUUGGAACUCAGGUUUUUGAAGUUGAAGAAUUCUGGCUACCAUUUUUUUACAAAACAAACAUUCAAACAUCAACACUCAAGACAUUCAUGAAAAAAUGUAACAUUGAUUCAAGCAGAUCCCAAAAUAUAUCUGAAGCUCUUGAUCAUAGACUUUUCAAGGAAGAUCCUGAUAAAUUUUUGGAGGCCUUUAAUUCAAAAUUGGACGGAAAAGCUUCAUUGGCAACAUUUGGUGAUUCCCUAAAGCUUCUAAAGAUACAUUUACAAAAGUCAGAUAAUUUUGAAAUGGCAUAUGAAUUCGCCAUACAUAUGAUUGAGAAGUUCCCUAGAUAUUCAGAAAUUACAGCAUCAACCUAUUUGACAGAAUGUAUGAAAUUUUAUAAAGGGGAUCAAAAGCUUAGAGAGACAUUACUCAAGUUUGAAAAUUUCAUUUUGGAAAAUAAGUUAUUGGAAAAUCAUUCCAAGAUUACAGGGGCUUUGAUAUAUAUGAAUUUGAAACUUUCAAGAUUUGGGAGAGCAAUUGAGGAUAUCAAAACUCUUAUAAGUAGUGAUCAAAAAAUUGAUCAAAGAACUAUUCAUCAUUCAUAUGAAACUUUGAAAAGAAACCAUAGAAAUAUACCAAAUGAACUUAUUGAUAAAGAUGUCAGUAAUACAAAUGAAUUUAUUUUGAAGCUCGUGAUAAAAAUGUCUGCUAAAUGCCCAAAUAUAAGUCCAAUUACUUACAACAUUUUGCUUCGUGAUAUUGUUUGGGUAUUCAAUCAUCAAGACUCAAAAUUAAUUCUAAAUGAAAUUGUUGAUUUUCUGAAAACAAGACAAACAUCAAAUAUAAGUUCAAAUAAUGAAGCUCAUAUCUUGAAGAAAAUCUUUGAUAAAGAAUUGAUAAGUGAUAUAAUCAAAAAAGGCUUUAGGAAUCCAAAAGAACCGUGGUGUGGAAUAACUGUAAUCAAAGAGCUACAAGAGAAGGGGGUCCAUAUAGAAUAUUCAAGAGUUAAACGUGAAUGUUUAAAUUACCUAGACUCUUUGAGUUUAGUAACUACAGAUAGAGCUCAAAAUAAAGUACCAUGGAUUAAGCCGUCUAUUGGUGCUCUUCCAGCUGUUGAUCAUAAUCUAUUUAUGUCAAAAGUUAACGAAAUGAUUGAAUUACCCAAUAUCACGACGUCGACUAGGUGA